AUGAUGGCAGAUUUUGGAGUGGAAGUGGAGGCAUUCACACAUACAGCACCUCCAGGUGAAGAGGCUUUUGACCUCAGUCAUGCAGGUGGGGAGCAUGAGGCCUUUGAAGGGCUCACUCACCAACUGGCAGAUCUCACUGGACAUCAUCACAUUGACCCACGAUCUCGGGGAGAAUGGACAGAAACUCAAACAACUCAUUGGAACCUUCAGAUGGAUCGCCUAGUUGACGUCUACUUAGACUAUCGCUGUCGAGAUUCUGGGGAUGAUAUGCCAGAUAUGUCAGAUCAGAACAUGUCAGGUGUUAAUGCAUCAUUUUCAAUUAAUGACAUUAAACUAAUUGAUAAUUUCACAAGAAGGCACACACAUCUUCAACCAUUACUGUCACACCAUUACCCCAAUGAAACUCUUAUCUACUAUGGAUACAUUGGGUGUGCCCCAAUGUAUCCUUCUGUUGCGAUAUCACUUCGUACACUUGCUACCUACCAUCAAUCACAUUGA